AGUACGUUGAGACCGAGGCACGGAACUGCCGGAGGGUUGACGAAUGACCAUCAGCGGCGCAGGGGAAGGAUGGCGAGAUUGCAGCGGUUUUAGCAGCAGCGCCAACGGCUCGAUAGCAGACAGCCAGCUCGUUCCGCCGCAGGUCAGAGCCGGGCUGGUUGUAUGAGGACUCUCGGAGGACGGGCUCUACCCGCGGAGAGGUAGCGGGUGUAGCCUGGGAGACGCGAGCAGAACCGUAGCUGCUGCUGCUGGAUCUUUUUGGAGAAACAACAUGGCUGCGGUGGAGCUCGAAUGGAUCCCUGAAACGCUGUACAACACCGCGAUCUCAGCCGUGGUGGACAACUACAGCCGAUCGAGGAGGGACAUACGCUCGCUGCCAGAGAACAUCCAGUUUGAUGUGUAUUAUAAGCUGUACCAGCAGGGCCGCCUCUGCCAGCUGGGAGGGGAGUUCUGCGAGCUGGAGGUGUUUGCUAAAGUGCUGCGGGCCUCCGACAAAAGGCAUCUCCUGCACCACUGCUUCCAAGCACUCAUGGACCACGGCGUGAAGGUGGCCUCAGUUUUAGCCAACUCCUUCAGUCGCCGCUGCUCUUACAUCGCAGAGUCUGACGCUCAUGUCAAAGAGAAGGCCAUCCAGUUUGGCUUUGUGCUGGGUGGUUUCCUGUCUGACGCCGGCUGGUAUGGAGACGCAGAGAAGGUGUUCCUGUCGUGCCUGCAGCUGUGCACGCUCCACAGUGAGGUCCUGCACUGUUUCCGGGCUGUGGAAUGCUGCGUCAGGCUGCUUCAUGUCCGGAACGGAAACUGUAAGUACCACCUGGGGGAGGAGACCUUCAAGCUCGCUCAGUCUUACAUGGACAAACUAGCCAAACAUGGCCAUCAGGCCAACAAGGCGGCGCUGUACGGCGAGCUCUGUGCCUUGCUCUUUGCCAAAAGCCACUAUGAUGAGGCGUACCGCUGGUGUAUAGAGGCUAUGAAGGAAAUCACCCCAGGGCUGCCUGUUAAAGUAGUCGUUGAUGUUCUACGACAAGCCUCAAAGGCCUGUGUGGUGAAGAGGGAGUUCAGAAAGGCAGAGCAGCUGAUCAAACACGCCGUCUUUCUAGCAAGAGAACAUUUUGGACACAAGCAUCCAAAGUACUCUGACACGCUGUUAGAUUACGGAUUUUACCUGUUAAACGUAGAUAACAUUUGUCAGUCAGUUGCAAUCUACCAGACGGCCCUAGACAUUCGACAGUCUGUGUUCGGAGGGAAGAACAUCCACGUUGCCACAGCACAUGAAGACCUGGCCUACUCCUCUUAUGUCCACCAGUACAGCUCUGGGAAAUUUGACAACGCUCUAUUCCAUGCAGAACGUGCCAUAGACAUCAUCACUCAUAUUCUGCCUGAAGACCAUCUCUUGCUGGCGUCCUCCAAGAGAGUCAAAGCCCUCAUUCUGGAGGAAAUCGCCAUCGACUGCCACAACAAAGAAACUGAAGAGCGCCUCCUGCAGGAGGCUCACGACCUGCACCUCUCGUCUCUGCAGCUGGCCAAAAAAGCCUUUGGAGAGUUCAACGUCCAGACCGCCAAACAUUAUGGAAACCUGGGGCGUCUUUACCAGUCCAUGAGGAAGUUCAAGGAAGCAGAGGAGAUGCACAUCAAAGCCAUCAAGAUCAAGGAGCAGCUGCUGGGCCACGAAGACUACGAGGUGGCUCUGUCUGUGGGGCACCUGGCCUCCCUCUACAACUAUGACAUGAACCAAUACGAGGAUGCUGAGAGGCUCUACCUGCGCUCCAUCGCCAUUGGUAAGAAGCUGUUUGGGGAGGGCUACAGUGGGCUGGAGUAUGACUACAGAGGCCUGAUCAAACUCUACAACUCUGUGGGGAACUUCGAGAAGGUGUUCGAGUACCACAACGUACUGUCCAACUGGAACCGGCUGAGGGACCGGCAGUUUGCCGUCGCAGACGCUCUGGAAGACGUCAACACGACCCCCCAGCAGACGCAGGAGGUGGUGCAGGCCUUCCUGCUGGCCCAGAGUCUCGGCCCCACGCGGCCCUGCCUGGGCUGAGCUCUCCCUGCGCCCGUGUGAAUGUGGAGUUCUUUUUUCCUGACGGGGGGGAAAGAAAAGAGGAAAAGACCAGGUUGGAUCCUGGGAGGAAACCCAAAUGUGACGCAGCAGUUGCACACAGUUAGUUUGAAGAUGCGGUACAUUCAGGCAUCAGCGGCUUGCCGGUGGUUUGACUGGCAGCAGAAAGACGUGUUGUAAUUCAUCAGCUUCCUCAUUCACAGCCUGAAGUAGCGGUGAGGGGAGCGAGCUGCUGCUGUUCUUCUGGAGGCAGGACUCUGACCUGAGGAGGAGCGAGGAAGCAUCCUGUGAAGACGAUGUGUGACCUCCACUCUGUUCCACACGCCUUUUUUCUUCUGGGACCACAGGGUCUUUUUAUUUAGCAGCAAAACCUGGAUUUCCACAAGACCUUUGGUGGAGUGGAGGACACUACAACUCCAGGGAGCAUCUGUGAAGUUCAGCUCCGACCCUCGGAGCUGCACAUGUCUGAUCUGUACAGCAAAAUCAUAGAGCGAUUGUACACUUCGGUUUCAUUUGAAGGCUUCUCGUUUUUGUUUCCUUUUUUCUAAGUUGACUCUAAGAUGUCAUUGAACUCGUGCUUUGAGGUGCUUGCAGAGUGGAAUGUGUUGUUGCACACUGAGCAGAGGGCUCAUUUUCAACCGUUUUCUCUUUUUUUCUCCUUUUCAGUACUGACGGUAUCAUUGAAAUGCCAAUAUUUUAUAUGCAGAGGUGUAAUGUUGACGUGGGCCUUUGUUUCUGCAUCCUGACAAACUAAACUGUAAAACAGUCGAGAAGCUUGGCCGUGAGCGCAGAAGACGAGGUGCUACACGUACAAAGCUCCCUUUACUUGCUUAUUGUGUGUUUGUGUGUGUGUGUGUGUGUGUGUGUGUGUGUGCGCCCAUCAGUGUCACAAAUGUCUGGGGGCCCCGCCUUACACUAGCCUGCAGUUAUCUGUCUGUAGACAGACCCAUACUGACAAGUGCUUAAUAAACUACCCUUAUGGGCACUACAGUCGGGACCAGUCCUGUGUGUGUGUGUGUGUGUGUGUGCGCAUGUGUGCGUGUUUCCUGCCUGGUAACCAGUGCAUAGGGCCUUUCCUUUUUGUGCUGUCAGAAACUGCAUCAAAAGUUCCACCGUUUCAUCUUCCCCUCAGCCCUCAGCCUCCGUCUGUCCAGAAUGUGAUGGCUGUCUCACCUCAGAGGCCGUUUCCUCAGCUUAUUCAAGGAAACUCAAAUGUUCCUCCAGGCCAGAAGGACAAAACCAUCAGAGGAACAUGUUCAAAGCAGGUCUUCUCAUUCUUUCCGGGAUAGCGUGUCUCUUCGUUAUUUUUUUUAGUUGAAUACCCCCUUUCCACUAAUUUGAUCUGUAAAGCAGUGGGGGGAUUUCAGGGAGCGUAAAAAGGUCAGAUGCUCGCAGACAUUUAAGCAGCAGUUAAACUUCACCAAAGAUUGGACACAAUAAAGAAAAAAACCCUAAAAAAAAGACUGUUAAAACACAAAGGUGACCUUACUAUGGCUAAGUUGUUCCUUCAGUAACGACACAAUAUUGCUUUUAAGAUUUUGACUUUAUUAGAUCUUUUUAAUUUUUUUAGCAAUUAUCUAAUUUAAAAAGUUUCACAUGACCCCCUAAUGAAGAGUUACUUAAAGUAUGUCAAAGCUGUAGAGCGACCUCUGGUGGCCAAACAGUGACACGUCCUGUGAAAGUGGAACAUCUGGGAUCUUUGUCAGGAGUGAGGGCCUGUUUCUUUUUUCAAAUUAGUUUAGAUAAUUAUUUCUUUAGAAAUUGAUUUUUUUUUAUCUUCAAACCGGACAUGAUUUUUUUUUUGAAGAUCCUUGUUUAGCCACCUAAUGAUGACCUCUGAAUGGCUCAAAUCAGCUUAAUGAAUGAAGCAGUUUGGGAAAUUGGUUUUGAUCUGCUAAAUAUUCUGGUGAAGGGAAAAGGAGGACUAGAGACGAGGGAGUGAUGGAAAAAGAAGCACUGAACCUUAAAGCAUGUUAAAGCGUUCUAUGUCCAAACCACAUCUGUCUGUAAAGUAAGAAAAAUGACUUCAGGGGAAAUGAACGGGCAGUUUGUGACACCGAGCCAGUGAAGGACAGGAAUGUUACAGAGAGGGGGUCAUGACCUGCCGUCACCGGGACAUACAUGCACAGGAGCGAAAGUGACCAAACCUGCCUGCAGUGAAAUGACCGCUGAGAUUUUGGACAGUCCCGGUGAAGGCUGAUGGCAACUGUAGGCAUUAAUAUUAGCAAAAGUGAACGAUGUGAUGCCUUCAACGCAGAGCUUGAUGCUUUGUUUCCAAGUGAAGGAAAAGGAGGAAUGGCUUUGGUGCUGCGGCACACCUCUGAUCCAGGUGUUCCCACAGCACCGACCAUCUGCCGUUGCACUUGAGUCCUUCAACCCUUCUGCCGCUCAACACCACUACUGUUAUGGAGCCACCUGUGAGGAACCACAUCUUCUAACAUCUCUUCUCUCCGCCAACCUUAAAAGUGAAAAAAAAAAUGCUCAAUAUGUUCAAAAGUAAGGAUUCAACGUGUUUUUUUGUGGGCGGGGGGGGGCAGUAACCUGGCCUCCUGGCUGUCAGAGGUCCUGAGAAACCUGGAAGGGAAGGACAGCCAGAGGAGGCGGUCCAGUCUGCUUCAAACGCUGAUGUAAUGAUGGCGUGUUUUCACUGUCGUUCUCCUGAUGCUUCACUGUUACGUGCAAAAACAUUAAAAUGGAUGUUAACCACGACA